UUAACCUUAUACCACAGACUAACUAAUCUGUGCUUAUACAAUGUUUUUAUUAUUCUGUGUUCAAGAAAAUUCAUAUAAAAAUAAGAUGUUCAAACAAAUUUUCCAACGUAAAAUAUUAAACUCUUUAAUAAAAAAUAUGUCGUUGGAAAAAUCUGUGGAAAACUCUAUUCGAGGAAAGCUUACAGAAAAUUUAAGUCCAAUCCACUUGGAAAUAAUGAAUGAGUCUUACAUGCACAAUGUCAAGCCAGGAAGUGAAACACAUUUCAAAUUAGUUGUAGUAUCUGAUCAUUUUAAACAAGUACCGAAUAUAAAAAGACAUCAGAUAAUUUAUAAAUUGCUUUCUGAAGAGAUGAAAAACGGAGUUCAUGCUCUUUCUAUAGUAGCUAAAACCCUAGAUGAAUGGGAUACUAGCGACAAAAACUUAGAACCGAGUCCGAAUUGCAGAGGUGGUUUUGGUAAAUAGCAUAAUGUAAACAUCCUAUUUCAUGAGAGUAAAAUAUAACAUACUGAUUUAAAAAUGAAAUUUUAUUACUGAUACAAUAGGUGUUAAAAAUUGUUUGAAAUUUAUUAAAAAUAUACUUUUACUAUUUAUACAGUAUAUAAUGUAUCUUAAACAAUAUAAAAUUAACUGAAA